UGAGCAGUGUGAGGGUUCUAAAGAUGUCUUAUCCUGCGAAUCCUCCAAGCUAUAACCAGGCAGUUGAAGCACCUGGAACAGAAACCAAAGGCCAAGAUCCUGCCUACCCUUCUCAGGCGGCUGGCUACCCACCACAGCAGCCGGGCUACCAAGCACAACAGCCAGGCUACCCACCACAGCAGCCGGGCUACCAAGCACAGCCACCACCUGCAGGCUACCAACAACCACCAGCAGCAGGCUACCCACAACAACCACAAUACACAGCAGGAUAUCCAGCUCCGCCAACCACUGUUAUUGUUGGGCAGCCCACCACUCACGUGACAACUGUGGUCCAUCAGAUAUAUAGGGAUUUCCCUGUCCAGACCACUUGUCCCAACUGUCAGAAUAAUGUGACUACAGUGGUCAGGAAGGAACCUGGAGCAUUUGCUUGGAUUCUGUGUCUCAUCAUUGCCUUUUUUGGAGGGUGGAUGGGAUGUUGUCUCAUUCCUUUUUGUGUUGAUGGUUGCAUGGAUUGUACCCACACCUGUCCAGUCUGCAAGUAUCAAAUUAGCCACUACAACCGCAUGUAAUUAAACCUGAUUGAACCAGAUCUAUCCAGUUUGCAAGUCAACUUGGCCAGUACAACCGUAUUAAUAAUUAAACCUGAUUGAACCAGAUCCAUCCAGUCUACAAGUCAAACCUGGCCACUACAACCGCAUGUAAUUAAAUCUUAUUGAACCAGAUCUAUCCAGUUUGUGAGUCAACUUGGCCACUACGACCACCUGUAAAUUAAACCUGAUUAAACCAGACCUACAGUAUCUACUCUGCAAGUCAACUUAUAGUAAUCACCAGGUCAUGAGGAAUAAUUGAAUUAAAAACCAGAUCUAUUGAUGUUAUUUCUAUUUGAUCUUUUUUAAUUUGGUAAGACCAUGUUUGUAGUUUAGGUAGCAGUUGUAUAAUCCUUAUAUUCAAUGUAAUUAUAUAUUUUAGUACUGUACUUAUAAUAAUUAUAUAUAGGCUUAAACGGAAUUUCUUUUUUUGACUUUGUUAAUUUGUAGGUUAUUUAGAAAUGGGGUAAAAAGUAUGAAAUGCACACAAUUUUAAAUGAUGAUGGG